CGUGAAUGGUGCGUUUAUUUGUUGAUCUUACUGUCCGAAAUCGAUAACAAUGUAGGGCAUAUGUAUAUAACUUUGUGAACCCUGGAUAGUGAUGGUCGAAGCGGGGCGCCCGCUCGGUGGCGACGUUGUCUUCCGAGGGGGAGGAGCUGGCUGGGAGGCUCCGCUCGACUCUCACCGUACUGGUGCUUGCGAGGGUGGCACUUGAGCCCGCGUACCGGGACACAAUGUGAACGGAACGCCUGGUCAACCGGAUCGCUUCGUCUCUCGUUUUGGGGAACGUCCAACUUUUUUAUUCAAUACGCAAUGGAAUGGUGAAGCUUUGUGGUGAAUCAUCGAGGGUCAUUUUGGGGAAACGCUGGCGCUUCUUGGACCUGCCGGCGACGGCUAUAGUUGGGAUGCUGGAGCUCGCUUGAGAGCACCCCAUCCGUGUACGUCGCCUUUUUCUUCGGAUUUGCUCUCGGGGCUCUUCGACGACAAACGCCACAUCCAACCGUUGUAAAAAUGGUGUGUUUCGUACUGUCCUCUGCUCGUUUCAAACCCGGAUAAGGAAGGCAGGGGCAGCGACGACGUGACAACACCCUGACACGACGACCAGCCUUACUUUCCCCCCCGUGGCACAUCGAGCCAGGGAUUCACUCGAUAAGGACAUCUAAAAGAGCAAUUGAUGCAUCUUGGAGUGUCCGAGUCAACGAGAGAGUGCGAGUACAGCCAAAUAAGCACUCGCAGCUCCACUCCAAUGGAGACCCCUUUCAAGAAGAAGAUCCCCAAAAAGAGGAAGUGGGAAUCUUUCCCCGGUCGGAAUAAGUUUUACUGCGAUGGGAGAAUAAUGAUGGCCAAGCAGACAGGGGUUUUCUACCUCACCCUUGUCCUUAUUCUUGUCACUUGUGGACUUUUCUUCACCUUUGAUUGCCCAUUCCUGGCUGAGCAUUUGACGCCUGUUAUCCCCGUGGUGGGAGGAGUGCUUUUUGUCUUUGUGCUGGGAACUCUGCUCAGAACAAGCUUCAGUGACCCAGGGGUGCUGCCCAGGGCAACUCCAGACGAAGCGGCUGACCUGGAGCGACAAAUAGAUGUGGCGAAUGGCAGCACGGGCUACAGGCCACCACCAAGGACCAAGGAGGUGGUCAUCAAUGGCCAAACUGUCAAACUGAAGUACUGUUUCACGUGCAAACUCUUCAGACCCCCACGCGCGUCUCACUGCAGCCUCUGUGAUAAUUGUGUGGAGCGUUUUGACCACCACUGUCCCUGGGUGGGGAACUGCGUGGGAAGGAGGAACUACCGCUUCUUCUAUAUGUUCAUCCUUUCGCUGUCCUUCCUCACGAUAUUCAUCUUUGCCUUUGUCAUCACUCACAUUAUUUUACGUACCUCUCACCGGGGUGGGUUCCUCAAUGCUCUUAAAGAUAGCCCCGCCAGCGUGUUGGAGGUGGUGGUGUGUUUCUUCUCUGUGUGGUCCAUCGUUGGCCUUUCAGGCUUCCAUACGUACCUUAUCAGCUCCAACCAGACCACCAACGAAGACAUAAAAGGCUCGUGGUCUUCUAAAAGAGGAAAGGACAACUAUAAUCCAUACAGCCAUGGCAACAUCGUCACCAAUUGCUGCGCAGCGCUGUGCGGACCUCUGCCACCGAGUCUCAUUGACCGACGUGGCUUCAUCUAUCUCGACACGCCACAGCUGGCGCCGCCAACCAACGGCAUCACCGUGUACGGCUCCACGCAGUCUCAACAGAGCCACAUGUGUGACCAAGACCAGUGCAUUCAGAGCACUAAAUUCGUUUUGCAGGCCGCUGCCACGCCUCUCCUCCAACAGCAGAGCAGCGAGCCAGUCAUCAUAACGGCCUCCCCGGAAAACGGAGGAGCCCUCCCAAGUCGCACCUCGCUCGGGCUGGGUGGACCUUGCACUUCACUCCCCCUCGGGCAGCCCACGCCUGCGACCUCCACAGCCAGCCUGAGCUGCCAGGAGUCCACCGAUAUGCUGCCCGUUCACGCGCACGCUCACUCGCACAACCACAGUCGCCCCCUCCAGGACCAGGUUGCACACCACCACUUUCUCACGCCGGAGGACCUGCCCUCACCUCCAGGUAUGCUUCCUUGCAACACGCCCCUGGGUCACAGCCACACAGUGCAGGCUGGCUUUUAUAAUCCGGCCAGCCAGGACUCGCUGCACGAGGACUCUGUCAGAGGACUGGUCAAACUCAGCUCUGUCUGAGAACGAAACUGAACACAUAGAAACCACUUUCUGACAAAGGAGCAGUCAACUUUGGUUUCAGGCUCCCACCAAUUGCUAUUGUUGGAAAUCGGACGCUGAUAAGGGACCUGAGCACACCUCAGCCAACACCUUGCCAAACCUCUCUGCUGUGUUGACACGCGCUGUCACUCCCUUUGAACUUGAUGGGAAAUCGCUCCUCCUCUAAUGUGCCCAAGGGUUUGUUUUCCAAAAUGGUGCGUCUGUCAGUCUCAUUGUUUUGACGGUUCUUGGCAUUUUUUUUUUUGUAAAAAAAUCUCAAUCUCUGUCCGUCCCACUGACCCCGACCCCCCCCCUUUCCCACCCAAACAGUCUUAAACUUGGUUUAUGCUUGCCGCAUCCGUGAGGUCUGGCGCAGCAAAAUUUGUCAUUUCGGUGUAACCACGCCUCUCCGUGCGGCAUCAGCAUUGCCCAAAUUUUCCUCACGGCGCACCCACGAAAAUUUAUAACCAUCCAGAAGGUUUCACGCGGUGAAACGGGGACAAGCAAGAGUUGUGAAAACAGCAGUUUUCGACUUCCCAACUCUUCGUAAUUUUUUUUUUUUAUAUGUAGACAGUACACCCAUUUUUUGUAAUUGUUCCUAGAAACUGUUAAUCAGCAUCAGUAAGUUCUCCAGAUGUCUGAUAACCAUCCUGAUCAUUUGAAUCAGGUGUGUUGGAGGAGGGAGACAUCUAAAACAUGUAGGAUGGUGGACCGGAGAGGGUGAACCCCUGCCAUCGACGCUUGUCACUGCCCCUUAUAAUCAGGCAGGAUAUCGGCUAACAACCUGGGCAAGCCAUGCAGAGUAUAAAUACUGCAAAAGUUGUCAGCCUGAUUUGACGUUUCAUUUCUGCGCCGAGCGUACGUGCGUCAAGUACAAACCAAGCUUUACGCCUAUUUGCCCGUUGUUGAUUGGGCGGUAUUUUCUAUACCUUUUCCCCCUAUGUACACUCUCAGCCGUUGCAAUAGUUGAUGUCACCCUAUUGCGUAUCGUUCUUUUUACGGGGGGUUGGGUGGGGGGGAUGACAGUUGUAUUGUACAAUGGUUAUGAAAGUUAUAUAAAUAAAUCACCUACUUUUUAUCAGA